UUAUAUUUAUGACCGAGAAAGAAAAAACACAGUCUUUGCUCUACUUUAACUAUGACUAAAGGAACUGAUUUGUUUUUGUUGCUGUUGGCGUUUUUUAUCAGUUCCAGUGAUGCGAUGACCAGACAGCAACUGAAAAAUUCAGGGAAAAUGCUGAGAAAAAAUUGCUUGACAAAAACAGGAGUCGCAGAAGAUUUAAUCAGCGGCAUUGAGAAAGGCAAAUUUAUAGAAGACAGAAAUGUGAUGUGUUAUAUUGCCUGCAUUUACCAGAUGACACAAGUCGUAAAAAACAAUAAACUGAACUACGAAGCGUCUAUCAAACAGGUGGACAUGAUGUACCCCAAUGAUCUAAAGGAAUCUGUCAAGAAAUCCAUCGAAAAGUGCAAAACUGGUUCCGAUAAAUACAAGGACCUCUGCGAGGCGUCAUACUGGACGGCCAAGUGUAUCUACGAGGACAAUCCGAAAGAUUUUAUAUUUGCUUAGUUCAAUAAAAACAUUCCAUUUUGUA